UGCGCUGUCACGUGACGGCGACGCUCUGCCCGGGCUGCGAUUGGCGGCCCGGGCGGGUCACGUGCCGGGCACUGAUUGGCCCGGGGCAGGCACGUGGUAGGCGGGGCGUCUCUAGUUUCGCGCCACUUUUGGUUGCGGCGGCCGCGGCAGCAGCCAGAGUCGGGAGCGGUGUCGGGCGGCAGCGGCCGGGACGGACCUUAACGGGGACCCGUAGCCAGCGGGCCGCGAACGGCCGGGACGGACCCCAGCGGGGACCCGUAGCUAACGGGCCGCGAACGGCCGGGACGGACCCCAGCGGGGACCCGUAGCCAACGGGCCGCGAACGGCCGGGACGGACCCCAGCGGAGACCCGUAGCCAACGGGCCGCGAACGCCCGGGACGGACCCCAGCGGGGACCCGUAGCCAACGGGCCGCGAACGGCCGGGACGGACCUUAACGGGGACCCGUAGCCACCGGGCCGCGAACGCCUGGGACUGAGGGACCCCCCCCGCCAUGGCGCCCCGAGACUACGCCGCGGAGAAAGAGAAGGUGAAGCGCUUCUUGCAGGAGUUCUGCCGGGAUGGCGAGCUCGGCAAGAAGGAGUUCCCGUAUCGGGACCAGCUGGUGUCUCUGGCUCACCGGGAGCAGGUGGCCCUGUACGUUGACCUGGACGAGGUGGCCGAGGAGGACCCCGAGCUGGUGGACGCCGUGUGUGAGAACGCCAAGCGCUACGCCCGCCUCUUCGCCGACGCUGUGCACGAGCUGCUGCCCCAGCACAAGGAGCGGGAGGUGGUAAACAAGGACGUCCUGGAUGUGUACAUCGAGCACCGGCUGAUGCUGGAGCAGCGCGGCCGGGACGCGGGGGAGACGCACGGCCCCCAGAACCAGUACCCCCCGGAGCUGCUGCGCCGCUUCGAGCUGUACUUCAAAGCCCCGUCCAGCUCCAAGGCCCGCGUGAUCCGGGACGUGAAGGCCGACUGCAUCGGGAAGCUGGUCACCGUCCGCGGCAUCGUCACCCGUGUCACCGAGGUCAAGCCCAUGAUGGUGGUGGCCACCUACAGCUGCGACCAGUGCGGAGCGGAGACCUACCAGCCGAUCCAGUCCCCGACUUUCAUGCCGCUGAUCAUGUGCCCGAGCCAGGAAUGCCAGACCAACCGCUCCGGGGGGCGUCUCUACCUGCAGAGCCGCGGCUCCAAGUUCAUCAAGUUCCAGGAGCUGAAGAUGCAGGAGCAUAGCGACCAGGUGCCGGUGGGGCACCUCCCGCGCUCCAUCAGCGUGGCUGUGCACGGCGAGAACACGCGGCUGGCCCAGCCCGGGGACCACGUCAGCAUCACCGGCGUCUUCCUGCCCCUGCUGAGAGCUGGCUUCCGGCAGAUAGCCCAGGGGCUGCUCUCCGAGACCUACCUGGAGGCGCAUCGCAUCGUGAAGAUGAACAAGAGCGAGGAGGACGAGCUGGGCUCAGGGGAGCUGACGGAGGACGAGCUGCGCCAGAUCACAGAGGAAGAUUUCUACGACAAGCUGGCAGCCUCCAUAGCCCCCGAGAUCUACGGGCACGAGGACGUCAAGAAGGCCCUGCUGCUGCUGCUGGUGGGGGGUGUGGACCGCAACCCCCGGGGCAUGAAGAUUCGGGGGAACAUCAACAUCUGCUUGAUGGGUGACCCGGGCGUGGCCAAGUCGCAGCUGCUCUCCUACAUCGACCGCCUGGCCCCCCGCAGUCAGUACACGACGGGGCGCGGCUCGUCGGGCGUGGGGCUGACGGCCGCCGUGCUGCGGGACCCGCUGACGGGGGAGCUGGCCCUGGAGGGGGGGGCGCUGGUCCUGGCCGACCAGGGCGUCUGCUGCAUCGACGAGUUCGACAAGAUGCUGGAGAGCGACCGCACGGCCAUCCACGAGGUGAUGGAGCAGCAGACCAUCUCCAUCGCCAAGGCGGGCGUGCUGGCCACCCUCAACGCCCGCUGCGCCAUCCUGGCGGCCGCCAACCCCGCCUACGGGCGCUACAACCCCAAGCGCAGCCUGGAGCAGAACGUGCAGCUGCCGGCGGCCCUGCUCUCCCGCUUCGACCUGCUCUGGCUCAUCCAGGACCGGCCCGACCGGGACAACGACCUGCGGCUGGCCCAGCACAUCACCUACGUCCACCAGCACAGCCGGCAGCCGCCCUGCGCCUUCCAGCAGCUCGACAUGAAGCUCAUGAGGCGCUACAUCGGCAUGUGUAAGCGGAAGCAGCCGGCCGUGCCGGAGGCGCUGGCCGAUUACAUCACAGCCGCCUACGUGGAGAUGCGCAAGGAGGCCUGGGCCAGCAAGGACACGACCUUCACGUCGGCCCGCACCCUGCUGGGCAUCCUGCGGCUGGCCAGCGCCCUGGCCCGGCUGCGGCUGGUGGACGUGGUGGAGAAGGAGGACGUGAACGAAGCCAUGCGGCUCAUGGAGAUGUCCAAGGACUCGCUGCUGGGGGACAAGAGUCAGCAAAGCAGGCCGCAGCGGGCGGCGGACGUGAUCUUCGCGGCGGUGCGGGAGCUGGCGGGCGGGGCGGGCGGGCGCUCGGUGCGCUACGCCGAGGCCGAGCAGCGCUGCGUCUCCAAGGGCUUCACCCCCGCCCAGUUCCAGGCCGCGCUGGACGAGUACGAGGAGCUGAACGUCUGGCAGGUGAACCAGGCCCGGACCCGCAUCACCUUCGUCUGAGCCGCAGGGCGCGGGAGGGGCCCUCUCUGCCCCUGGCUCUAGCCCCCAGGGUGGGGGGAGAGGGGUCGUCUCCCUGGGGCGCGCACCCCGGGCCAGGUUCUGGCCUGGUUGUUCCCAGCUGCCCCCCGCUCCCCCGUGGCUGAGGCCAGACCCCUGCCCCCGUUCUGUUCGGUUCUGUGCCGUGGGGUGGGGGAGGCCAGGCCUGUGGCCUGGGGGCUCCUGUCAUGGCUUGUUCUCUUACCAAUAAACCAGUGUUUGUAUGUUA